UUCGAAUCGCCAAUCUCCAACCGAGCUAUCCCGCAUCAGGCUCUUCACGAAACCAACCAUAAUAUCACAUAGCUCCCAUGAGCUAGAGACCAAGCGUGUACUGAUACCAUUUUGCUUUCUACGCUACUCUUUUUAUCCUUCGCAUAUUCGCAACGCCUCCUGCUACCGCCGUUCAUACGGGUGCUUCACUGCUCCUUGCUUUCCAUAUCCUGGUCCCUGUAUUUAGGCGCAUUGUUUUCACCAUGGAGGAGAAUCCGACAUUUAGGAGCUCCAAGAUUAGUCGACUGCCGGCGCCGUCGAUGUCGAUGUCAAUAGGGGCUGGAGGGGCUGGACUCACAGAAUGGAGCGAAUCGCAACAUAAUGCCCGCAUUGCGUCGACGGCAAGUUCGUUGUCGGCUCUGAAGAAUCUGAAGCGAGAGAUUCCUCAGCCAGCAUCGCAAUCUGACCCCAAGCGCAAACCUCUCUCUGAUCGCGCCCUCGAAUAUCCUUCAAAGCCAACAUCGCAUGUUCCCGCCGCGGCUGGUGUUCGAUCAAAUAUGAGGCCUCAGAGUUUGGCCGGAAUGUCCUCCGGGCUCAAGCAACCCUCGGCCACCCAGUCACGAUACGGCGCAUCUUCAAAUGUCUUUAGCAGGAACCAGGCCGCUCGAAACGGUGCUCCGACAGCCACAUCGCGAAUCAAUGGAGUGAACGGAGUCAAUGGAGUCAACGGACGUCCUGGCCAUGCCCGAUCGAAGAGUCAAGCACCUCGUCCGCGUACGGCCCAUGCUCUCCGCGAAGAAGACCGAUACGAAGCUCCAACGAACAAUGCCUGGGACGUCGAUGGCCGAGUAGUUGAUAUGGAGUCUCAAUUCAAAGAACUCAAGGAGAUGGUAAAUACCACCUUGAGCGAACGCAAGGGACAAGACGAUGCUCUUGAACUUGCCAAGAAGCGAGUGCAAGAGUUGGAGGGUGACAGAGAGAAACUUGACCUAAGGAACGACGCACUCAAGUCCGAUCUUGAUGCAGCAAGAGAGGAAGGACGCCAAAUUCGACAUGAGAUGGAGAAACAGAAAUGGGAAUAUCAACGACAAGUGGAUGACCUGGAACGAAAGCACCGAGAAAAGAUCGACGAUAUGACGAGGCAACACAGAACAGCAGUCGACGAGCUUCGAAGAGAACUGGAUCGAUUGAAAGAGCAAGAGACGAAAGAUCACGAGCAAAAGAUCGAGAGUUUGACUAGAAUGUACCAUCAGGAGCUGGCUGAAGAGCGACAGAAGAAGGACCGCGAAAUCCAGGAACUACGACUUCGAAUGGGCAAUGAGCAUCAAGACAUGGGAAUGGCCAUUCAGAGGAAGGAUCGAGAACUUCAAGAAGUCAACUCUCAAGUGGAAGGCCUUCGAGGAGACCUCGAGCGAGAACGUAUCUUGAAGAACAGCCUGCAGACGAACAUCGCCGAGCUCUCAGCAGCCAACACAACACUCGAGGCCAAGAUUAACUCACUACGAUCACACGUCGAAUUUCUGGAAUCUGACAGCAAGGCGCAAUCCGACUCAUUCGCCAGCAUGGAAGCACGGCUCCAAGAAGCUCUGCGCAUUGCAGAGGAGGCCCAGCACAAACUCAUCAAGGAGGAGACGGAACGCCGAGUACUUUUCAAUAAGUACCAGGAGCUCAAGGGCAACAUCCGAGUCAUGUGUCGAGUGAGACCUGCACUUGGCAAUGGUGAGGGCGAGGAGGCCAAGAUGUCGUUCCCCGAUGACAAGACAUCUGCUGAAAUUGUUUUGGCUGGUCCUGAGGAGAAGAGUAGUCUGGGACAGAUCACACGAAAGAACUAUCCCUUCGAGUUUGAUCGCGUUUUCGUUCCUGGCACUCAGAACCAGGAGAUCUUUGGUGAGAUCUCUCAGCUUGUCCAGAGUGCCCUUGACGGGUACAAUGUUUGCAUCUUCUGUUAUGGUCAAACUGGAUCUGGAAAGACGCAUACCAUGUCGUCUAACGAUGGUAUGAUUCCUCGUGCCACCCAUAUGAUCUACGACACUAUCACCAAGCUCAAGGAGAAGUCUUGGGAGUACACAAUGGAGGGUUCAUUCGUUGAGGUGUACAAUGAGGAGCUCAACGACCUGUUGACGCCAAAUGAGCGAUCGGCGAAAAGGCUCGAGAUUCGGCAUGACGAAGCUCGCAAGCAGACAACCAUCACAAACUGCAAGUCAGUCCGUCUCGACAGCCCAUCAAGUGUGGAGACUAUGCUUGAAGAAGCACAGAACAACCGAUCAGUGGCUGCAACCAAGGCCAACGAGCGGUCGUCUCGUUCUCACAGUAUCUUCAUCCUGAAGUUGAUCGGAGAAAACUCAGCUACAGGGGAGCGUUGCGAGGGUACGCUCAACCUGGUCGAUUUGGCUGGUUCCGAGCGUCUCAAGCACUCACAGGCUGAAGGCGAUCGAAUGAAGGAGACACAAAACAUCAACAAGAGUCUCAGCUGUCUCGGUGAUGUUAUUGAGGCCCUUGGUCGAGGUUCAGGUCACAUUCCAUACCGCAACUCCAAGUUGACACACUUGCUGCAGUACAGUUUGGGCGGUAACAGCAAGACUCUGAUGUUUGUCAUGGUGUCACCUCUUGAGCAGCAUCUGAAGGAAACAUUGACGAGUCUUCGAUUUGCAACAAAGGUGCACAACACUCAUAUUGGUACAGCCAAGGCUACCAAGAAGGUUCGCGAUUCUACAUAGGCAGGACCGUUGUAUAAACUGUCGAUCACGAACAAGGAGAUCGGACGUCAAUAAUGGAGUUGCGUUAUUUUGCUGCUUUUGAGUUGGGUCAUCAGGAUAGCGUCUGGAACAGAGCAUCCAGAGCAGGGAGUUGGGGUGCAUAUAUGAUUGAGAGCUGUCGCCUUACCUACCUUGGUGCAUACAUGGCCAGCUUAUGAUGUGUUUGUUAGGCGAGCAGGCUAUUAAUUGAUUUCUGGACAUGGGAUUGGUAGUGGAAGCUGGUUGAGCUGGCUGUGUCGAUACGUGGAGAUUGUAUAUAUCAAUACAGAUAUGGUUACGACAUGGAUUUAUGAUGAUUACUAACGAGAAGUAUAAGUUGUGUUGGUGACGGUGUUG